AAGAAAAAAUGGAGUGUAAUGGGGCGCACUGAACUCGGGGCGCUGGGGGUUGCAGAACAAGAAUCGCUGAGACCGAUCGACCGACGCAACUUUCCGCCGCCCCACGUUGAUACCCAGAAUCCCAGAGCGGAAGAGCUACCCUUUGCCAUCAUCAUCCGCCAUGGAUUUGCGGAUUCUACUCGCAAAGUCUCUAGCUUUCCCUCAACUCUGUGUCCUACAAUGACGGAGCUCAUCUUCCCAAUCGCCUUUCUUUCAUGGUUCCCCUCUCUCCUUCUCUGUUUUGGAAAUAUAGGGGUACACCGAAUAGAGAGACCUCGGUUCAAAUGGGGGAGUUUGAUGGUGGUGCGACGUACACUGUGAUAGAUGAAGUUCCAUCUUCUCCGAGGGCGAAUAGUGCCCGGAAAGUUUCAGUCUUGCCCCUCGUUUUUCUCAUCUUCUAUGAAGUGUCGGGAGGGCCGUUUGGUGUUGAGGAUAGUGUUCAUGCUGCUGGUCCCCUUCUUGCUCUUGUUGGAUUCUUGGUGUUCCCGUUUAUAUGGAGUGUUCCCGAGGCGCUGAUAACUGCUGAGAUGGGUACGAUGUUUCCGGAAAACGGUGGUUAUGUGGUUUGGGUUUCUUCGGCUCUGGGCCCGUAUUGGGGGUUUCAGCAAGGUUGGAUGAAAUGGCUAAGUGGGGUGAUUGAUAAUGCGCUCUAUCCUGUUCUAUUCCUGGAUUAUCUGAAAUCCGAUAUCCCGGCGUUAGGCGGUGGGUUUCCGAGAAUGAUAGCGGUUUUAGCCUUGACUUUGGUCCUCACUUAUAUGAACUAUAGGGGUAUGACGAUUGUGGGAUGGGUUGCGGUUCUGUUGGGGAUUUUCUCAAUUUUGCCGUUUGUGGUGAUGGGGCUCAUUUCUAUUCCGAAGUUGAAGCCCGAGAGAUGGUUAGUGGUGGAUGUGCACAAUAUCGAUUGGAAUCUGUAUCUGAACACGAUCUUUUGGAAUCUGAAUUAUUGGGAUUCGAUAAGUACGUUAGCGGGAGAAGUACACAACCCGAACAGAACUCUGCCCAAGGCUCUAUUUUACGCUUUGAUUUUGGUCGUUUUGGGGUACUUCUUCCCGCUCCUUACUGGCACUGGUGCCAUCCCGCUCCAGCGUGAUUUGUGGACCGACGGGUACUUUUCCGACAUCGCGAAAAUCCUCGGUGGGGCGUGGCUAAGUUGGUGGGUUCAAGGGGCUGCUGCAAUGUCGAACAUGGGGAUGUUUGUAGCCGAGAUGAGUAGCGACUCGUUUCAACUUCUUGGAAUGGCCGAGAGGGGCAUGCUUCCCGAAUUUUUCGCGAAGAGGUCUCGCCAUGGAACCCCGCUAAUCGGGAUUCUCUUCUCGGCAUCGGGUGUUAUUUUACUAUCCUGGCUGAGCUUUCAGGAGAUCGUGGCAGCCGAAAACUUCCUGUAUUGUUUUGGAAUGAUUUUGGAGUUUAUAGCAUUCGUAUGGCUUAGGAUCAAGAGCCCAGACGCCCCACGACCAUACAAGAUACCCGUUGGCACAAUCGGAGCCGUUCUAAUGUGUGUUCCCCCGACCAUACUGAUAGGCGUGGUGUUGGCCUUCUCAUCCCUCAAAGUCCUCGUCAUAAGCCUCGGAGCCAUCGCGAUCGGGCUCGUAAUGCAACCGGGCAUCAGGCAUGUCGAGAAGAAGAGAUGGCUGAAAUUCUCUGUAAGCUCCGAUCUUCCUGAUAUCGAUCACACCACUCGUGAGAGCGCUGCAUCGUUAAUCUGAAAUCACGGUUUCUUGGACGAUAACAUCAUCAUCCCCCUAGCAAAGUGCGUGAUUUUGUAAUGCAGGAAACAGGAAAUCCAGCACUGCAGUGCAUAUAGUUAUCUCCACACAUAAAGCUGAAGUGUUGUAGAAAGGAUUAGAGUCAUCUUUUAUCCAAUAAAAGGAUGUAACUGUAACACCUAAAUCCUGAAAGUUAUGCUAUCUUUAGAUUCUCUGCUCCUCUGAUGGUUUAGGGGGGAUUGUGGUCUGUGUUUAUCCACCAAAAUUUUCCCAGUGAUCAUGCUUGUUCUUCUA